AUGAAGACCACAUUUGCUUUAGCUUUCUUGGGCUGCCUUUUGGCUGUGAGCUCUGCUCAAAGUUUCCGUAAAUUCUCGAGAUUUGAGAACACCAACGUCGGACAAUACAGCUCUUCUAACGAUGGUCAAUACCGUCCUGACAACUCUGGACAAUACAGAAACAGUGAUGGACAAUACCACCCUGAUAACUCCGGACAAUACGUUCACCAAGACAACAAAUACGAACAUCAGGAUGAUAAGUACAAGCACCAAAGCAACAACUAUCAAGAUAAAUUUGAUAAAUACGGAAACGGAAAUGGAAACGGUCAGUACUCUGGACAACACGGAGGUAAUCAAGGAGGAAACCAAGGUGGACAAUUCAGUGGUAACCACGGAGGACACUUUGCCAACAAUGAUGGAAACAAACACGGACAAGGAAACGAUUUCCAUGGAUCUGCUGCUGGCAAAUACGAUAACAGGAACUACGCCAUCAUCCGUGAUACCAAGAAAGUCGAAGUAGAUGGUUACCACUACUUAUACGAAACCGAAAAUGGUAUCCUCGCCGAAGAACAAGGAAAAUUGGCCAACGUUGGUACUGAUGAUGAGGGUAUGCGCGCCCACGGAUUCUUCACCUACACCGGAUCAGACGCUGUUGAAUACACCGUCAAGUACACCGCUGAUGAGAACGGAUUCUUGCCAGAAGCUGAACAUUUGCCAACUGCAGCUCCAGUCCCAGAACUCAUCGCCAGGGCUUUGGAAUACCAAAGGGCUCAAGCUUUCUUGGGCUGCCUUUUGGCUGUGAGCUCUGCUCAAAGUUCCCGCAAAUUCUCGAGAUUCGAGAAUACCAACGCCGGGCAAUACAAUCCAUCCAACGAUGGUCAAUACCGCCCAGACAACUCCGGACAGUACAAAAACAAUGAUGGACAAUACCACCCAGAUACUUCCGGACAAUACGUUCACCAAGACAACAAGUACAACCAUCAAGAUGAUAAGUACAAGCACCAAAACAACAACUACCAAGAUACAUUCGACAAGUACGGAAACGGUAAUGGAAACGGUCAAUACAAUGGACAACACGGAGGACAACAUGGUGGACAACACGGAGGAAACCAAGGACAAUCUGGUAACCAAGGAGGACACUUUGUUAACGGUGGAAACAACUUCGGACACGGUAACGGCAUCCACGGAUCCGCUGCUGGUAAAUACGAGAACAGGAACUACGCCAUCAUCCGUGACAACAAGAAUGUCGAUGUAGAUGGUUACCACUACUUGUACGAAACCGAAAACGGAAUCCUCGCCGAAGAACAAGGAAAAUUGGCUAAUUUAGGAACCGAUGCUGAGGGUAUGCGCGCCAACGGUUUCUUCACGUACACCGGACCAGACGCUGUUGAAUACACCGUCAAAUACACCGCUGACGAGAACGGUUUCUUGCCAGAAGCUGCACAUUUGCCAACUGCAGCUCCAGUCCCAGAACUCAUCGCCAGGGCUUUGGAAUACCAAAGAGCUCAAGGAACUUUUUAA